UCCGCAAUCUGACAGUAUUAGUCUGUGAGAGAGGGGGAGAGAGAACGGAUAGCUGGCAGACUUCUGGACUCUUCCACACGCUCGCCUCAUCUCGUGAAUACCCGACCGCAGGCACACAUCACAAGAAUGCCAAAACUCUGGUCGAAGAAAUCAGAGCUCUCGCUCUCCAGGGAAAGGGAAGAAGUCAUGGGGGACGAAGACGUCAGGCUCCGGAGUAGAACAGUCAUGGGGAUACUCCGGGGUAAACUCCGGAAGAACCGGAGUAGUGGGGUCAGUUUGGACUCCGCGCUGGCAGCAACGGGAAGUGGCAAGUCAGCAACUCUCCCGGCAAGAGUGCGACCAGACAAUAAGGGAGUGGGCGGAGAUAAGGGCGGAGCCAAAACAAGAACUCUGCACUGGAUGGAAGGCUAUCUCGAUCCGUACGAAGAGAGCCUCAGGAGAUCGUCGUCGGGUGUGGCCAAUGGACUCCACCCAUCACCGGGCGUCACUCGCAAGGACAGCGACGAAUCAGUAGACUCUGGAUUCGAGCAAGCCCCCAAAGCCGACGGGAGUGAGACGGAAUCCAACAGCUCCCCGGCUCAGCCGUCGAAAGCCCUGGUCCCCUCGCCCUCCCUGUCCCAGGAGGCCUCCUCUCCAGGCCUCUACAACCAAGAGGAGUCGGCCUACCAGCUGGUCCCUGCCAACUCCAUGUACGACGAGGCUGCGUUUGACAAGGCGUUUGGUCCGAUGAAAGACGUGGGGAGGUGGUACAGUACCUACAGCAGCCAGCGACAGUUAGGGAGAGCUGCAACAGUAACUGCAGCCCCAGUUCCACGGAGGAGGAGAGAGAAACAGCUACCAGAUACUCCGGAUGACGAGGAAGGCGAAUGUGGACCGGCAGUUCCCAUUAGGAUUUCCUCCAUCAGCUUCCUCGAGGACACUGUCAGUGUUCUAGAAGAGUACGAACAGAGGUUGAUAUCGCGACCUUUGCCCCCCAUCCCCAGUGAGUCUGGGCGGGACUCUAGUGGAAGUGGCAGGGAUAGACCUUCGGCUCUCGCCUCCUCCCACCCUCCCCUCCGUCCUCGGGCGGAGCCUGAGGUCUCCAUGGCAACAAUAGUGAGAAAUCAACGCAGCGUGUGCGACGACAGCGACAUGUACGAGCUCGUUGAGCACCGGAUGAGAGGGUCCAACCCACUGACACUAGGUCUGAGAAACGUUGCCACCUACGGAUGGUAUUGGGGUCCCAUCACACGAGUGGAGGCGGAGGAGAAGCUACAGGGUGCAGACGACGGGACGUUCCUCGUUCGAGACAGCUCAGACGAUCGCUACUUGCUGAGUCUCAGUUUCCGCUCGCAGGGGAAGACCCUACACACCCGCAUAGAGUACUCCAAUGGCUUCUUCAGUUUCUACAGUUUCCCUGAUUCCGACGCGGAGGGCUACCGCUCCAUCGUCGACCUCAUUGAGUGGUCCAUGCGGCACUCCCAGGCCGGGAUAUUCUGCUUCAGUCGUGGGAAGGCCAUGGGAUCCCCAGCUGUGCCUGUCCGCCUUCUCAAGCCCCUCUCUCGAUUCAACCAGGUGCGAUCGUUGCAGCACUACUGUCGGUUUGUCAUUCGCCAGAGCAUCAGAUUCGACUGCAUACGUCAGCUACCCCUGCCGCGACACGUCCAUGGAUUCCUCGAGCAGUCCCAGUUCUAACCCCUCCCCCUCCUCCUCCUCCUCCCCACUCCCCUCAGGUAGUGGUGUGUGUGUGUGUGUGUGUGUCGCUGGACGAACACAACUGUCACUCAAUUUUGGAUCACGUUUGUGGGGUUUCACCCUAGUAAUUUACCGCAUUCUGUUUUACAGCACUUUUUGUUCAUAUCCUACUGCCUGGGAGUUUUUCAUUUCCCCUACUUCAGGGUGUGUCCAAUUCACCUGUAUUUGUACCCUACUCUAAUUGUAGCCCACUCUCCCAGUCACUGUUGUUGUUAUUGCUGUGCACAAUAGACAGUCAUUUUAUCCCAAUUUGUUUACCACA